AUGCAGCACGACGCCUCUGAUUUCGAUGAGAUGGCCUACAUCGCCUUUCUCUCCACUGUCUUCGCCAACUCUCGCCCGACCUUCGGGUACCACCUCCUGAGGACUGGCACCAAAGAAGGGCAGGUCAGGUCUAAAAUAUGGCAAUGCCUUGCCCUCCUCCUGAACACCGGCGGAGGGCCGUCUGCAGCGGGAAAGAGCGUAGCCGUCACAGGCUGCAUGUAUCCUCACGGCGUCACCGUGUUGAUCACUUCCAGUAGUGGCGCCUCGCCGCUUCACCUCGACGCGCCUCCGACUUUCACGACACUCAAGUCGGAUUCCGCCAAGGGGUUUGAGAUUCUUUGCAGCCCUGCGAGAGCAGAGUGGAAGGAUGCCGACACUUUCGAAGGGCACAUCCAGGAUGUCCUAAACGUGAUCCAGUACUGCAUGACGCCCUCGGACGAGCUUGCCCAGAACGCUCUUUCUGUCGCACUCAAGGUCGUACAUCUCUUCCAAUUUGCCGUAUAUCGCUGCCGCCGCAAACUCCUUGCUCGCCUCAAGGCCGGCCGACAAAUCUGGAGUUUCGGCGACCAGGCAGCGCUUCCGACGACGUUCAUCCACGACAUGCACGAAACGUUGAAGAAUGGUCCAAAUGGCGUCUGGGUCCCCUAUGAGUCUUUUGUCUCGCUUCCCGCAUCACGGCUCGAGGUCGUGGUGGAAGGCGUAACGGAGGGACUCGAAGGGCGCAUGUUGUUUUACAACCUGUAUGGUCUGAUGAUGCGAUUGAAGUCACUCCUCAAGAGUGAUGUGCUGAAGUUCAUAAUCACUUCCGAAAUCAAGGAGCGGUUGGACGAUGCGCGUGAACGGGGAUCCACAACUAGGCUUUCAGAGGUGGAAACGCUCAUCAUGGAAGCGACCGGAGCUCGUCACAAAUCCGGCGGCGCAGUCGAAGAGGCUCCCGCACAGAAUGAAGAAGGGAUGUCCGUGGAUGCGUUUCCUGAAGAUGGCGAGAAUGUCAAAGACCAUCUCGUUCGAUACCUAGAGGCUCUCAUCGUACCCCUCGACAUCGUAUCCACCAUGCUCGCACUGCCAGCACCAUCCCCCGCACCUCCCGUGACCGCUAUCCUCAUCGACGACGGACCUCGAGUGCCAUUGAAUGCACGGCCUUUCGUCGACGACAUCCUGAAGGAAGUACAAGAUGUGUUGACCGGGAAGGAACUCAACGUUGCCACGACCGAACUGCAGAAGGCAUUGGACGAUGCGGCUGCGAAAGUCAGCGUCGCAACCGUGCACCCAGCGUCCGCGCUCAUGGCUCGUGCGUUAUCCGUGCACCCCAAUAGCGCGGCGCUCCCACUCCUCGACGAGCAGUCGACGUCGACGGAGGUGUUGCACCUGAUGAGAGACAUAUUCCAGGUACGACCCGGCGCUAUCGACGGAAACGACCACUGA